CCCAAAACAGUGACACCGGCAAGCGCAAAGUACUUCCUGGGAAAGCUCCUACCAGCCGCCUAUACUGUCCCCCGCCGCUGCACCCGCUGACGGAGGUAGGGCCGCCGAAGAAUGAGCACCCGCCGCGGGCCGCCUAAGCACCAGAACCAGUACGCCUGGAAACCGAACGCCGGCCGCAAGAUCAACGAAACGGAGGUCGGGGGGAGGCUGAGGCCGCUGUCGGAGAUAACGGGAGUGUGCCUCCGCUGUAAAGAGCAGAUCGAAUGGAAACGUCGUUAUGGGAAAUACAAACCCCUCGCUGAACCCGCUAAGUGCCAGGUUUGCUCGAAGAGGAAUGUUCGUCAAGCUUACCACAACCUCUGCAGGGGUUGUGCUAAGGACCAAAAUGUAUGUGCAAAGUGCCGUUGCCAUGUCGGUUCUGUAGUGGGAAGAGACUCUUCUGAAUUGGAGGUGGAACAGAAAAUGCUUGAGGAGGCAAUCAAGAAUGCUCGAGAAAGGGACAGGAGAACUCUACUACGUGCUAUGAACAAAGGCAAAUCUAAUAGUUCGGGUAAACCUGCCACCGAGAAAGUAAACAAGGUUGGAGAACUAUUCCCCUCCUCAUCGCUUGAGGACUAUGCCAAAUCAGGGGGAGGUGGUGGUGCUGGUUACAAUAAUGGUAAGGAGGAUGAAGAAGAUGAGAACCGGGAGGAAGAAGAUGGAGAUGAAGCUGAAGAGGAGGAAGAGGAAGACGACAAUGAUGAUGAUAAUGAUGAUGAAGAAGGGGAUGGUAGUGAGGAAGACAAGAAGUAGUUUAUUGUAGUAUAGCCUCGGUUUGACAUUUUAUAGUCAUUUAACGGGUCUUUAUCAGCAAGAUCCGUAGAGAGGAUGGAGAUGAUUGUAAUGACACCUUCACAGGAGAAAGACCAUGGAAGUAUUUGACAAUAGUCUCCUGAUGAACGGCGAAAGUUUUGAGAUUUUAGUAAUGCGCAUCCAUUUUCUGUGUAUGUUCAUAGAAACAAUGGAAUAUAUUACUUUGUUGAGUUGGUUUUUCAA